GUCUAUUCUUUGGUUGCCUAAAUUAGCAUGCGUUGGUGGAACAAACCGGAUAGGCGGAGAGAUGUUUUUAUAUCGCAGCAGAUGCGUGAUCGUUCCCGUCUGCAUGACUUUAUUCGAAGAUGGCGAUUCGCAGCUCACUUACUCUGACCAGAUAUAAUCCUGAAAUAGCCCUGAACUUUGCAACCGAUUUGAAAACAGCGUUUAACGAUAUACCGACCGGAUUUACACCAACAAAUCCUCAAGAUGGAUCUAUGAAAGAUUUUUCAAAGCUGGAGAACAUAGAUACACCCACACCAUUGGAAAACCCGGAGAAUGACGCGGUUUUCGUUUACCCCCCAAAACCCGAGCCAGAAUCGCAAUCCUUUCUGGACCUCAAAGAUCAUCAGCCGCUACAGCACCUAAGACCGAAUUUUCAUACGACCAAUUUGGUCACUGAAAUGACUAACUCGUUAAAGAUUGAGGCACCUCAUUCGGAGUACGCAGUGUCCAGCGGCCCAACAACGACUCAUUCGGAUAAUCUAGACCCAAAUGGCAGUGUAAGCCGGUGUUCUCAUCAUUCGAUGGAGUCACGGCCAGGGAUCGUGAGGCCUAACAGUCUACAUUUGAGUCCCCCAGCGGAAAUGCACAUUGAGUCAGUCAGAUACGUGCCACUAUCACAUAUCCGCACAGGAUCCUUCUCAGUCGCAUUUUUGAACUGUUUUUCACGGGUCCAAACCACCGGGUACAUGAAAGAAUCAUUUGACCAGCCACAAAACGAGAUCGACUGCUCAACGCUUGACCAGACCUGUCAGCCACCUUUGCCAACUCAAGAAGUGGCACCCCUACACACAGGCGGUUACUGUCCAUACGAUUUCGAUUCCCGUUACAAUCAAGCGGAACUAACGCAGACCGAUCAUCUAAAUCGACCUAGAGAAGAUAGCGGGAUCAAGCAAGCGAGACCGAAACCACUGGAGAAAGCGUUCGCGUGCAAUCUGUUCAAUUGCACCAAGCGAUUUGCUCGUGUUGACGAGCUGAGACGCCACCAACGGACGCACAGCGACGUGAAGCAAUUCACGUGCGAUAUCUGCAAGAAAGGAUUCACACGCAGCGAUCACCUGAUGACACAUCGCCGAACCCACACCGGUGAACGCCCUUAUCAAUGCAAACAUUGUGACCGAAGGUUCGCACGGUCGGAUGAAUGUAAUCGACACACAAAAGUUCACUUCCGUGAAAAGACCAGAACCAUACGAAAAUCCCGGUAUACCAAACAUGAACCGGAUGCGCCCGAUGGUUGCAUAUCAUCACGGAAUGCAUUAAGAUUACCUUGGCUGGACGGUAUCUCCAUUGAAACGUGACACGCGUGGCUUGGCUGUCUGCGCUCGCCAAGCUGACUGUCUGAUCGAUGAUGUACGGCGACCUUGUACCCGUGAACAGAGCAAACCUGCUGUUACAUUGCGUGUGACGGGGGUUACUAUUUUUUAUAUUUGCAGUCCCACCAUGCACGUCGGCAAGAGACGGUGUGCUAACACAAACAACUACCCCCGGUGCGCGUUAACUACGCUGCGAAAAGUGCCAAUCAAUAAUGCAAUCAACCACACUUCAGUGAGAGAGAUUCACUAAAGUGACCGUAGAACAUAUUUAAUGAUCUAUGACUAUUUUAUUUGCACACUACUGUCUUUCCAGCUGAUAGUCAUAUUUUACUAGAUCAUUUACAGAUAAAACAAUCGUUUCACUGUCUACAAUCUUAUGUGCCAUGAAGGAUAUCGAAA